AUGGUUUAUGAAACUCUAGGAAAUAUAAGUAGGAGAAGAGCGUACGAUUCUGUUGAUCCACAAUUCGACAAUGAUCUACCUUGUACUAGUGAUAUAAAAAAAGACUUUUAUAAAGCGUUUACGUAUUAUUUUGACUUAAACUCCCGAUGGUCUGAAAAAACACGGGUGCCCAAAUUAGGAACUGAAAAUUCGACAAAGGAAGAGGUGGAACACUUUUAUUCGUUUUGGUAUGAUUUUAAAUCAUGGAGGGAAUAUUCAUAUGAAGACGAAAAGGAUAAAGAUAAAUGUCAAGAUCGUGAUGAGAGAAGGUUUACUUCUGAGAAUUGGAUAAAAUGUGUAAGAAUUUAUGGAUAUUUGAAGGAGAGCGUGGAUUAG